AAACAUAUUUCAGACGGCUGAUACUGAGGUAGCCGUGCAUCAUGGCCCCUCACCAGAAGAAGAGCAAGCCCAGCACCAACGACUACAUCGCCGCCAGCACGGACAUGGACAACGACUAUGUCCCAGAGUGCGGCAUCGGGGGAUGCAAACCGCCGGCGGCGAGGAUGCUGGCCAACAUCGGUGUCUUCACAGGCUCCUACUGCCUCUGCUCGCUCGUCACCUCCACCUUGAACUCGUAUGUCAAUAGUCAGGUCACGACCUUAGAACGUCACUUCGGCUUCACCAGCUCUGAGACAGGACUCAUCAUGGCGGCCAACGACAUCGGCUUUCUCAUCCUCGUCCUCUUCAUCAGCUACGUGGCUGACAAGAUCCACAUUCCACGAGCUUUAGGUCUCGCCACAAUCUUCUUUGGCGUGUCUGGGAUCAUCUGUGCCCUGCCACACUUCUUGUUUGGUGCCCCUAGUCCCACUGUGGACAUCAAGACGAGUAACAUCACAGGAGUCGUGUCUUCACGAUCGACAAAAGCCUUCGGUGGUCAGCUAUGUGACAACGAUAAUUUGACAUCCCUUGGGUGCGGCAUGAUUGCUGAAGAUGCCACGAAGUCUUCGGCAAUGCUCGGUGGAGAGAACAAAGCGCGAGCUCAUGCCACCACAGCCUUGGUCAUCAUCGUCCUCGGCAUGGUCCUGCAAGGAGUGGCAAAGUCUCCUCGCUACUCCUUCCUCACCACCUACGUGGACGCUAAUGUCGACAGAACAAAGACAGGCUUCUACGUGGGAGUGAUGACCACACUCGGCAUCAUGGGGCCAGCAAUGGCGUAUGCAAUUGGUGGAAUUUUUACUCGCAUUUAUGUGACACUAGAAGACACAAAUCUGUAUCCCAGACACCCGAAGUGGAUAGGAGCCUGGUGGCUAGGGUACAUCACAUUCGGGUGUGCAGCAUGUGUGUUUGGUAUUCCCCUCUUCUUCUUCCCGAGAUCCUUAAAGAAGGGGAAAAUUUCCUCUGAAAAGAAACCGAUAAAUGAUAUCGUCAUACAGAAAAAGCCGUUCGACAUCGUUUCCUAUUUGAAAGGAUUCUUUGGGGCGUUGGGCCGCCUGGUGACGAACCCUAUCUACAUGCUGGUCCUAGCAUCCUCCUGUGCUCUGCUCUUCUCUGUGGCCGGAUCCCAAUCUUUCACACCCAAGUACAUUGAAAACCAGUUCUCCUUCCCAGCCUGGCGAGUCAACAUGUCACUGGCCGGGAAUAUGCUGGGGACAGCAUGCGUUGGCACAUUUGUUGGCGGCUACCUUACAAAGAGAUUGAAGAUGGGCCCUUUGCUCGGCCUGAAGUUCAUUACGGCCAUGCAGAUCCUCUCUGUCUUCUUCUCCGGCUUGCUGAUGAUCUUCAAGUGUGACCAGCCCUACCUGUACAACAGUCCUGGUCCUCGUGCUGCAGUGGACGAGUCCACCAUUGGCUGCAACAAGAAUUGUGCGUGUGACGACAACGACUACUUUCCCAUCUGCGGCGACGAUGGCCGAACCUACUUCUCACCUUGUCACGCGGGUUGUCUGGUGGAUACAAAUAAGAUGUAUCAGAACUGCACGUGCAUCGCUGGAGGGACCGCCACGGCGGGUAUGUGUGACUACAGUUGCCCUAUGUUCUACCCGUUUAUGGUCGCUGUCGCUGCUGGAUCUCUCUUUGGAACCUUGUCCAUCAUACCCAAGCUAAUCAUCUACAUCAGGUCUGUUGAAGAACGAGAUAAACCGCUUGCCUUAGGUCUAGCCUCGUUUUCGACAUCAGUAACAGCAUGGAUGCUGGGGCCAAUCCUCUUUGGAAAGAUCGUGGACGGUAUUUGCAUUCAGUGGGAGAAUUCGUGUUUCGGAAGAGGUGCCUGUCGUCUCUAUGACAACGACAUGUUUCGCCUGCGGAUGCUUGGCUAUCAGAUAGGCUUCAGGUUCCUGGGGCUUCUUUUGUCCAUCUCAGCCUUGGUAUACGCGAUUGUUACAAAGAAAUUUCAAAAACAAGAGGCCAAGACCCCAGCCAUGGAAAUGACAGUCUAGUUACUCGAUGGCAUUGUGAAGGAGGACGAGAAGUAACCACGUCAGGAUCCCCGUCACACGCAUUACGCCCCUUUAAGAAAAAGAAAAGACAGUUUGCCAGACGUUUAUAAGAACAAAAUAGUUCCGUACAGAAUAGAUAUCUAACUUCUAUUAUCUUAAAGAGACGAUGAUAUGACGAAAACGACACAGCCAACAAUUCCCAAAUUACCUGGAGAAGCAAAGUGUUUGCUACUCUAUGAGUUUCGACACUAUUUGUCAAUACAUUUUUUUCAAUAAAACACGAUGCAAUAUGACCUGCAAGGUGUGAAAAAAACUUUCUUAUCUAGCACUUUCACCCUUCGCAGCUUUUCAUUUCCAUAGCAAUGUACAAACUUGUGCUAAAUCACUGCACACAGCAAAGCAAUAUGGCUUAACAUAACUGAAUCCGCCUAUAAGCAAGGAUUCAUGACGAAUAUAUAUCGAAAUUGAAAAUUUAUUAGUAAAUUUUCAAGAAAUGCAAUGAUAUGUUUACUAAAAGUCCGCAAGUAAUAUUAAACCAGUUAUUCUUACAUUGUUAAUAUACAAUUUAACUUCACAUAAAAAGGUUCAUUGUGUUCUUUUUUGUGCUUGUAAAACUUCUCUGAUCGUGUGGAUUAUUUUAGAGAAUUAUCUGGGAUUUACAGAUGUGAGUUUGGAGUUCAGGUAACAAGCCUUGUGUUUGAGAUUCUGACAGUGUUGACUAAACAUGGUUUAAAAUGGUUCAGUGAAUUCAUAGUAAACCUAAAAAGCCAAAGAAAUACUAGGAAAGUGGCACGUGUCAGCAUCUUCUCUUUCUUCAUUAGAAAGGUGACUUUCUCUCUAUUUCACUAAUUAAGAGAGACAAGAUUCUGCAAGAGAUGCGGAUGCAAAGUGUUUGUAUAUGUUAC